GAAAUUUUGAUGGUGCAAUUUAUUUGCUCUAGUUUGAUGCUGUGCGUUUCGAUGUAUGAGUUAUCUUUGUCGGAACCCAUGAGUGCCCACUUUUUUCAGGUGUUUUUGUUUCAAAUUUCAGCCACCAAUGAAAUAUUUCUGUACUGUUGGUUUGCGAAUGAAGUUAUCAUUAAGAGCGAAAAGUUAUAUUAUGCUACUUUUGAGUCACAGUGGUACGAUUCGUCGACAACUUUUAGAAAGAAUUUGACCAUUUUUACGCACCAGGUCAAAAAGCCUAUUUGCUUGUUCGUAUAUAAUAUUGUUCCGGUUGAUAUUAAAUCUUUCAGUGGGUUGCUACAAAAGUGUUGGAGUUUCUUCAUUGCUAUGAAGAAUACGGAAGACUUGCGAUCUAAUAACUAA